AUGGGCAUCGACGGAUUGAUUGUUCUGGACAAGACUGGUCGUCCGAUUAUCCAGUCUGGCUUCAGGUCAGCUUCAACCGCGUACCCCCUCCUCCAUGUGGACGCGUUCAACCAUGCUCUUGACAACGCUCGACGCCCUGCCGAUGUCGAUCCAGUUUUGUAUAUUCCCUCUUACAAUACCAUUCAAUCUCCAAGUGCUUGCUGCCAUAUUCCUUGCGCCGAUAUGAGAUUCUUGUGUCCCAUUAGCGGUAACAUCGACCCCCUUUUCGCCUUUGCAUUUCUCCAGACAUUCACUGAUAUUCUUCAUGAGUACUUUGGAACUCUUUCCGCUGCAAAGCUCAAGGAAAACUUUGACGUCGUAUAUCAGCUGCUGGAAGAGACUCUGGACUCUGGGGGACAUCCUCUCACAACCUCUCCUAAUGCUCUCCGUGAUAUCGUCCUUCCACCAUCUCUGCUCACAAAGUUACUGAGCGUUGCUGGCGCAAAUAUCAAUACAACAAUCAACUCCGGCGCAGGGCUUGGAUCAGCAGGUGGUCCUUUUUCAUCUUCGAUUCCCUGGCGUAAAGCGGGACUCAAAUAUAGCAGCAACGAAAUAUAUUUUGACAUGGUGGAGAAACUUGAGGCAAUCGUUAACAAACAUGGAGUUACGCUCUCGAGCAGUGUAUGGGGUAAAAUACAGACAAAUACGAGACUCGCAGGUACACCAGACUGCCUUUUGACGUUUGCGAAUCCACAGGUUCUUGCGGAUUGUGCAUUUCACCCUUGUGUUCGUUUGCAACGGUGGACACGCGACAAAUGUCUUUCAUUCAUACCACCCGAUGGCCAGUUCAUUCUUGCUGAUUAUCGGUUCGCACCAAAUACCUCAGCAACAUUAAACCCUCGUUUUGUUUCACCCGCAUCAUCAACAUCGUCACCCUCAGCAGCUAUUUCAAAUUUAGCAAAGGACAACAUUGCAAUACCACUCAGCAUCAAAUCUACAUUUGACCUAGAGGUUCUCAGUGCUUCGUUUGAGAUUAUAUUGACAUCUCGCCUGACCGCACGUACCAUCGAAAAUCUCAACAUUGAAAUGGAUCUAGGGCAAGGGGCUGGCGGAAUUAAAUGUAUUGCCUCUCGUGGGUCCGGUGGGUUGACGAGGGGAGGGAUCGGUAGUAUGGACGUUGGCAUUUCUGGGACCUCGGGUGCCUCCUGGAAUUUCGAUACUAAGAAAAAGGUUCUGAGGUGGGGAAUCCCAAACGUUCCUCCGUCCAGCAGUUGGAGCUUACAGGGAUCAUUCUCAACCUCCAUAUCUCCGCCUCGCCCAUCACACGCUCUACAAGUCCGAUUUGAAAUACAAUCACACACUUACUCCGCUCUGAAGGUAGAGCAGCUUAAAAUUAGCGGGGAGCAGUACAAGCCAUACAAGGGCGUAAGAGGCCGCUCAGUCGGGAACGUUGAGUGGAGAUGGUAG